AUGGCUGCGCCGAGAAUAGCCAUCCGGCCCUCGAUGCGGCCUUUCUCUCGAUCAUUCUCGACAGCAUUGUCUGGAUUAAGGACGGAUGUCGAGAGAAAAUCACACCACCCAACAAGUCAAAGCCAUAUCCUGAACCUCCGCGCCCCAUCCAUCACCUCCUCGUCCUCGCCACUACCUUGCGCUCAGAUCCGGCAUAGCUCCUACUCCUCGCCAGACGUUGCGCCCAAUGCUCGCAAGAAGGUUACUUUGCAGACAUUGAAGAAUCUCUAUAAGAAGGGGGAACCGAUCACCAUGCUCACGGCGCAUGACUUCCCAAGUGCACAUGUAGCUGAUGCAGCUGGAAUGGAUGUUGUCUUGGUCGGAGAUAGCUUGGGAAUGGUAGCUUUAGGUUUGGAUAAUACAACCGAAGUUGUCAUGGAAGAGAUGAUCAUGCAUUGUCGGAGUGUUGUGCGUGGCGCAAAAAGUUCUUUCAUUGUUGGUGAUUUACCCAUGGGCUCAUACGAGAUCAGUCCCGAACAAGCGGUCGAGUCAUCACUCCGACUUGUGAAGGAGGGCCGUGUACAUGGUGUCAAGAUUGAAGGAGGUGAGGAGUUAGGCCCAACGAUCAAGCGGAUCACCCAGGCCGGGAUCCCUGUUGUUGGACAUGUGGGCCUCACACCCCAGCGACAGAAUGCACUUGGCGGCUUCCGUGUUCAGGGCAAGACCUGCACCAGUGCGAUGAAGCUACUGCACGAUGCAUUGGUGAUGCAAGAGGCUGGUGUGUUUAUGUUCGUCCUGGAGGCAAUGCCACCAGAGGUUGCAACACUUAUCACGAGUAAGCUCAAGGUUCCGACGAUCGGUAUUGGUGCUGGCAAUGGAUGCUCGGGCCAAGUCCUUGUUCAAGUGGACAUGACUGGGCACUUCCAGCCUGGUCGGUUUGUCCCGAAAUUUGUGAAGAAAUAUGCCGAUGUCUGGAGUGAAGCUACUCGAGGAAUCACUCAGUACCGGGAUGAAGUCAAGAGCCGCGCCUUCCCUUCGCCAGAAUACACCUACCCCAUCACAAAAGAGGAGUUAGCGAAGUUUGAGAAGGCGGUGGAUGAAAAGUACCCGAAUUAA